AUGCGUUACAUAUUUCUUGCAACUAUUUUUAGUGUUGUUUUUGCCUAUGAGAAAGAUAUGACUAUAAUUGUACAGCCUGGGAAAAUAGAUUGUUUCUUUCAUAAAGUCGUGACGGAUGAAAUCAUAGACAUCGAGUACCAGGUGAUAGACUCGACACACGGCGACUUAGACAUAUCGUUUCAAAUGUCGGACCCCGGCGGGCGCAUGAUAGUGGCUGACUACAAGAAGCCGGAGAACUCACACCGGCACACUGCCACACAAGAUGGCGACUACAGAUUCUGUUUCGACAACAGUUUCAGCACUUUUAGUAAGAAAACUGUAUUCUUCGACAUGCUGAUAGAGGGAGAGGAUCCAGAAGAAAGGGAUUAUGAUGAUGACAAGGAGAUGGAACUUGGUAACUCAGCAGAAACAUACAUGAUGCGAGUACGAGAUAUAUCCGAGUCAGUGACUCGAGUUAAAGACAAAGUAUCCACAGCGCGGCGAUUGCAAGAACUACACUCGGCGCACGAGGCCAGAGAUCGAAACCUGGCUGAGGACAUGUGUUCUAGGGUCUUAAAAUGGUCGAUAGGCCAUGUUGUGCUAAUGCUACUAGUAGGAAUUACACAGGUAAUAUUUGUAAAAAGUCUGUUCGAAGAUACGAGAAAUUAUAGAAAAUUAGUCCCUGGAUUCUCAUCAUGA